AUGGCGUCUGCACAGGUUCAUCAGCUGCUCAUCGAUGUCAAGUCAUGUAUACAGCUCGCAAGGUCAGUCGCCACGGCUUUGCUUGUGCUGGCAUUUGUCGGUCUCACGGUCCUAUUCAUCUACCGACUCUACUUUCACCCGCUCGCACGUUACCCAGGGCCCUGGUACAUGAAAGUCACUCCGUUGUAUGACUUUUACAUCGGUGUGCGGGAACGCAGACAUCUUCACUUCCAAUAUCUGCAUGAGAAAUAUGGUCCUGUGGUUCGUUACAGCCCGAACUCUUUGGCCUUCAACGAACCUCAGGCCUUUCGAGAUAUCUAUGGAUUCAAGCGUAAUUUUCGAAAAGCAGAUGCAACGACCGUCGGCGCCUCCAGCGACCCGGACCACCGAAACACAUUCAGCGAGCCACUAACGGAGAAGGCCAUGAAGAAAAGACGGAUCCUCUCACAGGGGUUCUCGGAGUCUGCGUUGAGAGAUGCUGAAGAAUUCAUGAUUGAAAAGAUAGACAUCCUUUGCAAACAGCUGAUCAGCCCCUCCACAGAAAAGGCCAAAGAUAUGUCGCUGUGGUUGAAUUACCUAGCCUACGAUAUCAUGGGCGAGGUUGUCUUCGGAAAGAGCUUCGACAUGUUGACCAACCCUUCCUUACGAUAUGUGUUGGAUCUGAUCGACUCCAUGGUGUUUUCCACGUUGCUGGGAGGCAUCGUGCCUUGGAUCUAUACUAGUGGCUUGAUCAACAUCCUCUUUCCCCGAUUGUCGCGCACACGGACCAAGUUCAUAGAGUAUGUGUCCGGUGUUGUGGCAAACAGAAUCGCCGCCGAAGACACCCCUGCUGCGGUGGGAAGACGCAAAGACUUUUUCCAUCAUCUUCUCAAUGCCAAAGAUACAGAAACCGGCAAGCCGCUGCCGAUCGAGUUCCUCUUCUCGGAGGGAGUGUUGCUGGUCGUGGGCGGGAGCGACACCAGUUCUACAGGCAUGGCCGCCACACUUUUCUACCUGCUCAAAUACCCCGACGCCAUGGCCAAACUGCGCCAUGAACUCGACAGCAAGUUCAGCAGCGUCGAUGAGAUCAAAUCUGGCCCACAGCUGACCAGCUGUGUCUAUUUACGGGCCUGUGUCGACGAGGCGCUGCGCAUGGCACCCCCAGGCCCUGGGAUUCUGCCGAGGACGGCUUUGAAGGGCGGUGAAACUGUGAAUGGCGAAUAUAUCCCAGAAGGCAUUGACGUCGGGGUCGGCUGGUGGGCUCUCGCCUACAACGGAAAAUAUUUCCCCGAUCCAGAGACGUUCCGGCCUGAGCGAUACCUCGCGAGUACCGACGACGAAGGCGCAGGUGCGGGUGCGGACGACGACACCACGUCCACCACGGCGUCAGGGCCCAAGGACUGCUACUGGGCGUUUUCAAUGGGGCCCCGCAAGUGUCCCGGCAUCAAGAUGGCGUAUUUGGAGAUAUACCUCACGAUCGCGAGGCUGGCUUAUCUUUUUGACAUGCGUCCCGAGAGGCCAGGGGAGAUGGAUGGGAAUUUUGAGCUGUUGGAUCAUUUUAGUAAGUGGGAAAUGGUACCCCUGGUGUCCGCAGAGGCGAUUGACGAGUGGCCAGAUGUCAAGAAGUCGGGACCGACGGUGUCGUUCACACUGCGUAAGGGGAGAGAACUCUAG